AUGCUAUCCCUCCAGGAGCGAGAAGAGCCGAUUCUCUGGGUCUCCGAGCCCAACUUCCGUGGCACCUUCGGCAUCUUCUCUUUGUGCUUCAGCACGCUCCUGAUCAGCGUCUGGAGUGCCGUUCACAUGGAUAUACCCACAUACCGACCCUCGAUCUAUCGAUCUUUCGCGACGAGCUUUUUAUGGAUGGCUGCUGCUUUGUUCUGCCCAGAGCUGCUUAUGUUUAUCGCCUUCAACCAGAGGUCGAACGCGCGCUCCGUCCUUAGCCACGCAAACAAAAUGAUGCCUGUUCGGGACGAAGCAACGAGUCCUCAUAAAAGCUCCAUCAAGGACAUAGAGAGCGUGCAGCAGGAGCUCGACUUUGUCCCCCAAUCGCAUUCUUCAGACGAAACCCGCAGGCGUCGACGAAACUUAUUCACCUUAGUGCAUGGUUUCUACGCAUCCAUAGGAGGCUACGUCUUCGAUGUCAGCGGGGACGAAGACGACGAAGACGCAAACGAUGGACAUCCGAGUCUGAUCCUUCCGGCCGGGCGAACUCGGAUGACUCUCACCGCGCAAGGCGUAUGCUUCCUGAUGAAGCACGAUCCAGACCUCAUUCCCGACAUACCGGAAACUUCUAUCACCGACCGCACUCAAGCUAGUGCCCUAAGCAAGGCACUUCUUCUUGCGCAGGUGGCAUGGUUCUGCGCCAACUGUCUUUCCCGCAUCACUGAGCACCUUCCACUCAGUCUUCUCGAGGUUUCGACUGUCGCUCAUGGGCUUUGCACUCUUGUCACAUACCUCCUCUGGUGGUCAAAACCUCUAAACGUCGUCGAGCCGACCUUAAUAAGAGGUUCUAGGGCGAGAGAGGCGUGUGCACUCAUGGUGAUGUGCAGUGUGGAAGAGUAUCACAUGUUGUACGGGGUUGCCUGCAUCAGAUUCCCGGCAGAAAUGCAGUUUGUCAAGUGUCUGGAGCAGGAUGCGUCAAAUAAUUUGAUGGGGCAACCCGACGGAUCAUUCUCUUCAUCCUCCCCUCCUUCAAGGCUCGUCUUUCCGCAGCGAGUGAAGGUCAACCUGUCUGAGAAGCAAUUGUGUCCGAAGAUGCUGCCCUUAUCACUUCUUCCGGAAACGUCUUACCUGGGGAAUACCAACCUCGCUCCGAAGAGCCUAGUGAUGAAGAGACCGGGCUUCUUUGACCUCAAGAGCAAGAUGCUUUACGGAUCUCGGCCCGUCCCCUGGCACAUUCGAGACAGGAAGGAGCACGAAGCCAUCACCCUCGAAUCGGAGGACAUACAGCGAUGGACGCUCGCAUCGGCCGCAAUGCGGAACUACGGUCUCAUCAGUCCCCCAAUCCUCGACAAGCCGUACGUCUUACCGUACUCCUCUCUGCAGUCGUCCACGGACUUCAAGGGUCAAGGGCUCUCUGGGAUAAUGCGAUCCAAUCUGUCCGCAGCGGCGUUGGCACUGACGUACGGCGUACCUCAUUUCCUCGCGUGGAACGCUCGGUUUCCCACCGCGAUGGAGCGGUUGCUGUGGCGCAUCGCGACGGUGGUCAUAUCAUCCUGGGGAAUGGGAAUGGCUCUCAUCGUCGCGACCAUCGUUGUCGUUCGGAUGACUUUGGGGAUAUAUACAGGGGAACGUCGAGGGGAGACGCGGCUGGUGGCUUGUGCCGCUAUGCCAUACAUCACGAUGUCCGGCUAUCUCCUUAUCGAGAGCUUGCGCCAGCUCUUUUUCCUAGAACCUGCCGCCUAUGAACUGCCAUCCUGGUCAAAUUAUUGGCCGCAUUUCGCCUGA